AUGUUUUUUGCUUGACAUCAUCGUCAUCCUGUCGGCAAUCGCGAAGCGUUAAAAAAUUAAUUGGCGAAUAACGCGUAUGAUAAGAACUUUUGGUUGAAAGAAGAAAGAUUCCAAGAUGCAACCUCAAAUAAUCCUACUGAAGGAAGGUACGGAUACGUCUCAGGGAAAGCAACAAGUUAUAUCCAAUAUAAAUGCAUGCCAGAUAGUCGUGGAUGCCGUUAGGACCACUCUAGGUCCUCGCGGUAUGGACAAGCUCAUAGUCGAUCAAAAUGGAAAGAGCACUAUAUCCAAUGAUGGUGCUACCAUCCUGAAAUUAUUAGACAUCAUUCAUCCUGCUGCUAAGACUCUUGUGGAUAUUGCAAAAUCACAAGACGCUGAGGUUGGAGAUGGUACAACCAGUGUAGUUUUGUUGGCAGGGGAGUUUUUGAAACAAAUGAAACCAUUUAUAGAAGAGGGCGUACAUUCACGUAUAAUAAUCAAAGCUCUUCGUCGCGCGCUUCAAAUAGCUAAAGAUAAAAUUAAUGAACUAAGUGUCAAAUUAGACAGACGCGACAUGGACGAACAGAUUGAGCUUCUGGAGACAUGCGCAGCCACAGCUAUGAAUUCCAAGUUGAUAUAUCAACAAAAGAAUCAUUUUAGCGAAUUAGUUGUCAAGGCUGUCAUGAAGCUAGAUGAAUUACUUCCUCUUAAUAUGAUUGGUAUUAAAAAGGUUUCUGGAGGUGCACUGGAGGAUUCGGAACUAAUUGAAGGAGUGGCCUUCAAAAAAACCUUUUCAUAUGCUGGAUUCGAAAUGCAACCGAAAAAAUAUGAGCAAUGCAAGAUUGCAUUACUGAACAUUGAGUUGGAAUUGAAGGCCGAACGAGACAAUGCCGAAGUGCGUGUGGACAAUGUGUCAGAGUAUCAGAAAAUUGUAGAUGCGGAGUGGCAGAUUCUCUAUGAUAAGCUCGAUCAGAUUCACAAGAGCGGUGCGAAAGUAGUAUUGUCCUCGUUGCCGAUCGGUGAUGUCGCAACGCAAUAUUUUGCAGACAGGGACAUGUUCUGUGCCGGUAGAGUACCUGACGAAGAUCUCAAGAGAACGAUGAAGGCAUGCGGUGGUGCAAUCUUAACAACGGUGCACGACAUAAAGGACUCUGAUCUUGGAAGUUGUCAGACUUUCGAGGAAAAGCAGAUCGGUGGCGAAAGAUUCAACUUCUUCUAUGAAUGUUCGCGAGCGAAGACAUGCACAUUUAUCCUGCGUGGAGGCGCGGAUCAAUUUCUAGAAGAGACGGAGAGAUCCCUUCAUGACGCGAUCAUGGUCGUUAGACGCUUAAUAAAAAAUGAUGCAGUGGUUGCUGGUGGUGGUGCCAUCGAAAUGGAACUCUCCAAGACUUUACGCGAUUAUUCGCGUACUAUUGCUGGAAAAGAGCAACUUUUGAUAGGAGCAAUAGCGAGAGCUCUCGAAGUUAUUCCGAGGCAAUUAUGCGAUAACGCUGGAUUUGACGCGACGAAUAUCUUGAAUAAAUUGCGCCAGAAGCAUCAUAAAGGUUUGCAGUGGUACGGCGUUGAUAUAAAUUCAGAGAAUAUCACGGAUAACAUGCAGUACUUCGUCUGGGAACCGGCAAUAGUGAAGAUCAACGCAUUGACUGCCGCUACGGAAGCCGCCUGUCUCAUCCUUUCUGUCGACGAAACUAUCAGGAAUCCUAAGAGCAGCCAAGAUGGCCCGCAACCUCCAAUGGGACGUGGCAUGGGCAGACCGAUGUAAUCUGUCUGUCCACUUAAUUUCAUCAAAACUAGAGAUUCUAUAACAUAGUCUGAUCACGAGCGAUUUUGUCAAAAUCC